AUGAUAAAACGCUGUCUUGAAUGAACAUACACUAAAACCUGUGUGACUGCCUUUAAAGCAAUUAUAGACUUUCUACUGUUUCUACAACAGUAUCCUAAAUGUACCGGUAAAUGUGCAAAGAGACAAACGCUGCACAGUGAAAUACACAUACGUUUUUCGAGAGCUGCAUUGAACAAAACUUAGCUAAAGUAAAGGCUUUAUUCUUCAACAUUACUGUGAAUUGUCCUUUCACCUACAUAGAGGUCCAGGUAUGUUCACCUACAUUUCCUUAAUGUGAUGACUCAGUUUACUGGACUUGUACUGUAGGUGUAACUGGCCUAUGAGAAGCCACAGAUCCCCUUGGGACCAAAGGUGGAGUGGAGCUUAGGGGUCAGGCUCCUCUGAGACCCAGAUCUUUUAGUUUGAAUGGUCCUCCUGUUCAGCUCAAACACUGGCCCGGGGAUGGCACUUUAGAGCGGGAUAAAUCCUCACACCAAGAACUGGAAAAGAUCCAUCAGCAGGAGACCUGGGACUUUCUUUUUUCAAGAAUAUGCACUUAUAGCCCCUGACUUCAAACAUUUGAAAAUGUCACCCUGCAAAGACAUGCUGGUGGUUGCAGCAGUCUUUGCCAUCUUGGGACUGACCCAAUGUCAAAAGUUGCCAAGUUUUGAUCUGCUGGAGGAGUUUCGUGUGCCUGAGUCAAGAGGAGUAAAGAGAGUGGACGGCUCUCAGCCUGAGGCGGUGGCCUUCCGUGUCAACCCUGCUAUUCAUCUACGCAAGACCAUGAGCGAUGUUUAUCCAGAUGGACUUCCCUCCGACUACUCUGUCAUCGCAACUUUUAAGGUGACCAAAGACACUGCCAAGAAAUCCUGGGACCUGUGGCAGGUCAGUGACCCCAAGGGACAAGAGCAAGUUGGCCUGCGUUUCCAGGGUGAUACGCACUCUUUAGACUUCUUCUACACAAGCCCCUAUGGGAGCCAGAUGCUGAGGACCUUCCAUGGUGUAGAAAAGUUGUUUGAUGGAGAGUGGCACAAGUUGGCGUUGAGUGUAAAGGGCAGCAAGGUGAAGCUGCUGAUAGACUGUGAAGAGGUCAGUGUGGAGACCAUUGAUGAGCCGAGGCCAGUGAUCAAUCGAGGGUACACCUCCAUCGUCAAGCGGGCUGCAAGAGAUCGCUCUGUGUCUGUGGAUCUUCAGCAGAUGGAGGUGUCAUGUGACCCAGAGAAGGCUUAUUCAGAGGGCUGCUGUGAGCUUUCCAGCGUGUGCGGAGGGUAUGCAGAGAUCGGUCUAACAGCUGGAAGAGCUUCUUGCAAAUGUCUGCAUGGACAACCUGGUGUUCAGGGACCUCCAGGGCCAAAGGGUCACAGAGGUCUUCCAGGAGUACCUGGAGACACAGGAAGGCUGGGAAACUGGGGGAUCAGGGGAAAAACAGGAGAAUAUGGCAACAUUGGCGAGACAGGCCCAAAGGGUGAAAAAGGAAUCAAAGGCGAGAAAGGAAUGCGAGGACUCUGGGGCCAAGUGGGAGACAGAGGUCCUAAAGGGCUGAAAGGAUUAAAAGGGGCAGCAGGCUUCAAGGGAGUCCGUGGGCACCCUGGAGACAUUGGAGAGACUGGGAAACAAGGAGAAGUUGGUGCUAAAGGCGAAAAAGGAUAUGAAGGGAUUCCCGGGUUUCAAGGAGUUAAGGGAGAACAGGGGGCCACUGGGCCAACAGGGCGUGCUGGGCCCAGAGGAAAGCAGGGUAUCGUGGGAGAUCCUGGAGAGAGGGGAACUCCUGGAGAGAAGGGGAAACCUGGGAUCACAGGACCUGCAGGCAGAGCUGGUACCAUUGGACCAAAGGGAAUUAUUGGAGAUCCGGGCAUAUCAGGCAGAGAUGGUGAUCAAGGAGUAGAGGCUUAUCAAGGACCACAAGGUCUCAGUGGAAAAGUCGGACGAAGUGGGGCAAAGGGAGAGAAAGGCACCCUUGGUCCAGCAGGAGAAAUGGGCCCCCAAGGCCGAACUGGCCCAAGAGGUUACAAGGGUUCUGCAGGGAAGCCAGGAAGACCUGGAUUUAUCGGCCCACCAGGACCUACUGGACACGUGGGUGUGCCUGGAAAACCAGGGUCCAAGGGAGACACAGGAAUCCCGGGGAUUCAAGGAGUUAAAGGUGGACAGGGAGAAAAAGCAGUUAAGGGCCCAAAAGGAAAGGUUGGAGACAAGGGUGAGCAGGGUCCUCAGGGAGGACGGGGGAAGCGCGGCCCGGGAGGCCCACCUGGACGCUCAGGUCCUGUUGGAGUCAAGGGGGUUCGAGGCGAAGGAGGACCAGAUGGCUUUCAGGGGCCCCCAGGUCCACCAGGCCCAACGCUCGCUGCUCAACACGUGAUUGAGGUUUGUAAGAAAGUGGUCCUGGAACAGAUGUCCACCUUUGCCAACUCUGUGAAAAGGACGUGUGCUGCAGUUUGUCCUCUCUACGGGGACGUGCCUAUGGGCGCCCCUGGUCCCCCUGGACAGAAAGGACCCCCCGGACCACCUGGUGACCCUGGUAAUGAUGGUGAUGAAGGAGAAGUGGGCCUGCCGGGAUUCUAUGGAGAGGCCGGAGAUCUGGGUCGCCAAGGGGAAACAGGUGACAGAGGAGAGCAAGGUGAUAAAGGGUCCAAGGGUUACGGUCUACCUGGCUACACUGGAGACCAGGGACCCAAGGGUCAGCAUGGACGUCCGGGCAGAGCCUUUAAUGGCCAGCCAGGCAAGGAGGGUGAGAGGGGACAUGUAGGCCGCCCUGGACUCAGGGGCCACGCAGGUCUCAGAGGACCUCCAGGUGUUUGUAUGACCUCAGGGUGUGCUCAGCUGAACCCCACCAUUGGGACACCUCAGCCAGCACCCCGGAGGUUGAGGAAUCGCCAGUAGAGGAAAAAACAGUAAUAUAAUAUUGAGCUUAAAGGAGGAAAACAUGGUAGAUCGUUUUUUGUUAAUAUGUUUUUGUUCAAAUAAAUUGAAACUUUCAUGUAAAUAUGCAUCCCAACUGAAACGUCUGGGGACAGUUUGAUCUACAAGGUUACCAAAGACAACACUAAUGUGAUCUGAAGGAGAGUGGUAACAAAAUAUAUGUGUAUAAAAAGACCGUCUUCAUUUGAUAGUUUUAUUUAAACUGAUUUCACAAGUCUGAGUUGUCUUUAAACAUCUAUUCUUUCUAAUAAAAAUACAAAAAAUGAUAGUGAUGUUUUUUUUAGACUUGUGUGAAAUCCUGAUUCAGGUUCAUGAUCAAUGCUCUAUCCGCCUUGGAAUUUGAGAGCUAUAGUCAUUACUUGAUCAAAGGCAGCAAAACAAAACAAAACUAACAAUAAAAAAAUGUUUGAAGAGCAUGAAUAGUUUAUGUAAUACUCUCUAUGUAGAGAGUGACUCUGUGUACCACAUCUUAUAGUCUUGAGUGAAAAUUAUAGACAGAAUAUUUAAAACUCUGAGUUGUCUUUUUGUUAUAUUUGCCAUGUAUUUUCUGGAGCUGUUCUGUGAAAAAGUUCAGAUUUUAUGACACUUAAGUAUGUUUUAAUUACUAAUCGUAGGAUCUGAAAACUUACAGCUUUGACACCUCUAGUAGUAGUCUAAAAAAAUACACUGGCAGACAGCUGUGGGGUGAUUUUAUACUAUUUUACACUUACUUAAAUACUUUUGUCUCAUUGUCAAAAUCAUUAACAUUAUAAUGGUUGUAAAACACUGAGUACAUUUUGCACCCCAACUCUUUGUAUAAUCAGAAUUUAAUGCAUUCAGUACAAUAAAAUUUCAAGACUUGGAGAGCUAUGUCAGUACAUUUUUCCAUGCUAUUCACAUGGGAAGUUAGCUAGUUAGUUAUUUGGCUCAUGCGCAUACUACCUUAAAAAAUGCUGAAAAAACUUUUGUGGUUUAUGCACACAGUGAGCGUGGGGUGCCUACUUGGAACACAAUCGAGUUUUCUUAAUAUGUUCAUGUUUAUCCCUCUUUAAGGGAUACUGCACCAUCCGGAUGCAUUCCCUUUCAUUUUUAUAACACAAUGCAAGAUAUCUGAACUUUGAGAUUGAGGGUGGAAUCGUGUGCUAUAAUAAAGUCAGAGAAUGUACCUCUAAAGGUGUAAUAUGUAACUUUUUCACAUCAGAAUCUCUAAAAGUCUGAAUGUUAGAUAUGUUGUUGAGCUGUGUACUUACAUUACUCCAAAUGUUUCCAACAAAGUCCAGUGAAAUGAGUAAUUGGAUUCAAGGGUAUGUUGUGUUUCAUUUGGCUCUGGUUGCUAUAACUUCUCGGGAAAAACAGGAUAUGUCCGAGAGUGAGGAAGGAAGUCAACAAACGUAACAUGAAUAAAACCU